AUGGAACUACCUGAUGUAUUUUAUUCAAAAUCGCAGUAUAUCGAAACUGCUAGUGGCAACAAAGUUAGCCGAAAAUCAGUUCUAUGUGGAAGUCAGAACAUUGUAUUAAAUGGAAAAACCAUCAUUAUGUCGGAUUGUAUCAUAAGAGGUGAUCUGGCCAAUAUACGUAUUGGACGCCACUGUGUAAUUGGCCGAAAGGCUGUUAUUCGUCCACCGUUUAAGAAAUUUAGUAAAGGUGUUGCUUUUUUCCCUCUUCAUAUAGGAGACAAUGUUUUCAUUGAAGAGGAUUCUAUUGUCAACGCAGCACAAAUUGGAUCUUAUGUACACAUUGGUAAAAAUUGUGUGAUUGGACGGCGUUGUGUACUAAAAGAUGCUUGUUCAUUAAGGAACAAUACAGUACUUCCUCCAGAAACAGUUGUACCGCCGUUUAGCAUAUAUGGUGGCUCACCUGGUCGACUGAUUGGGGAGCUACCCGAAUGCACUCCAGAUUUGAUGGUUGAUCUUACUCAUGGAUUUUAUUAUCACUUCGUACCCUCGAAUGAACUUGAAACGGACUCUUAA